AUGGAAGCCGCGCCCGUUGAGCGUCAUGAGCAAUUGGCUCCGAUGUGGGUGGUUCAUAUGCAGAAUCUCUUAAAAAUGAAGUGCCUGCAGAACCACCAGGAGCUGAGGAAGGCAGGUUUGAUCGUGGAAUGCCAAGCGACAUUUCUCUCCAUUUUCGUGUCACAUCAAUGGCUGGGCAAGGGCCAUCCCGACAAAACAGGGGCCCAGUUCAAGAUCCUGCAGGAAGCGCUUGCAAACAUCAUUGACGGCUUCACCAAAAUCGAGUUGGAUCUGCCCAUGCAAUUUACUGGAGAAACGACGGUUCUCUCGUCUGCAAAUCGUGAGCAGUUGCGAAACGCCUAUGUGUGGUUCGACUGGUUCUCCAUCCCGCAGAUCGAAGUAAAAAGUGGCGGGAACGACAGCGAGGAAAUGAGUUCCCACGUCUUCCUCUCGGUUCAAUCCAUCCCAUUCUAUGUGGAUUCGUGCAAGCUCUUCCUCGCUUUGGUGCCCACACUUCCGCACAACGAUUUUGAAGAUGUUUCAUGCAACUAUUGCACCUGGCUGGACAGGGGUUGGUGUCGUCCAGAGAUUUGGUGCAAUUUGUUGUCGCACAAUCGUGAAGCACCGAUGAUCUUAGUUCGCGACGCCGACCAAGCCGAGUUUGCCAUGCCCAUCCAUUGGGUCCAUUCCAGCGCUCAGGAGGGAAACUUCGCCGUGGAAUCAGAUCGUGAGAAGGUGGCGCAAGUCAUGAGAACUGCCUUUAGAUCUAAGUUGGCAAGUCUGAAGGGUAACCGCGAGCAAGUGGACCUCUUCCGAUAUCUGGCGGCGGUUCAGUACCGUUUGCUGCAGCUGCCUCGCCCCAGCCUGUCGUUGGAGUCCUUCGUGGAUCACUUCGGAUUCGAGAAGCCCGAGCUCACCGCCUCACAGGGCAUGGUGCCUCUGGCCUGCGCGGUGCUCUCGGAGGAUUUGGAGAUGGUGGAGCGAUUGGUGACCCAGUACAGCGCCCAGUUGGACGUGCGUUUGCCGGGCAUCGCAGAGGUGGGACUGACCCGUGGCCGAACGCCCUUGCACUUGGCGGCCAUGACGGGUGGCCCCAUGGUAAGACAACUCUUGCAGCUUCGGGCAGAUCCAAAUGGAUGUAACACCGUUGGCAUGUCUGCUCUUGGCUACUCAAGGAGUUGUGAAGCUGUCGAGGUCUUUCUUGAACAGCAGGCAGAUGUGAACUACACGGCUCCUCCGGGUGGAUUGACCCCGUUGGCCGUGGCCUCUUUGUUUUGCGCCCCAACCCCCGUGGUCCAGCUGCUAAUCCGUCGCCGUGCGGACGUGAACCACCGGGGCUAUGGCGGUGCGGCGGCACCCCUGACGUGUUUGGCCGUGCCGGCCGACGGUAAUCCAUGUCUGGCAGAACAGGUGAGAUGCCUCGUGGCCGGCAGAGCGGACGUGAAUUUGUGUGGUGAGCCAACCGGAGCCUUGCGAGUCUUUGAGCUCGCUUGCCGCGCAACUUCGUGCAUCAGAACGCAGUCCUCCUUGGAAAGGAUUUUUGCUGAAAUCAGUACCACACCUUUGGGUUUCGCCUGCCUCCUUGGCCGUGAGCCUUUGGUGCAGCUGCUGCUGGAACAAAGGGCAGACCCGGAGAUCCGCAACAACCGCGGGCACGCGGCGUUGGAGUUGGCAAAGCGAGACACCGUGCAGCUGUUGCUUCAGAACUUUCAGCUUGCUCCGAAAGGUGUUUCUGUAUGA